GCUUCCCCCUUAGCUAAUAUGUUCUGUACUUUGCUCACCACUUUUCAGUAUUUCAUUUGCGUCUUAGAACUAUCACACGAUACAAGCAGCCAUGUCAAGUUCAGAUGAAGAUUGGUUCAACCAGGAUGAGGACGAGCUGGUUCAGGGUCUGGAGAAGAAGGUCAAGUCCCUGGAGCUGAAGGAGAAAGAGAAGCACAUAGAUUGCAUUCCCGAGGUUGGGGAUUACUUGAGGCAACUGAACUUGGAGGCCUCCUCGGGCAGUGCGGGAAAUGACGGUAAGGCCAACGGUCGGUUCGCCCUGACCGACUUAACAAAGGCCCUGAAAAUGCCGCCCGUCGACAUGUUCCUGUACUUCAUGUCCGAGGAACGGGAUCUCUUCGUGAACCAACUGCUGGCCAAUGACAGUGUGAAGCGAGUUGGCUUAUAUGUGGAAGUCCUGAAGUCACUCUGUCAACUGGAGUUGGGCGGCUUUGACGAGCAGUUCCUCUCCGCCUUCAGCCGGCAGUCUGUGCUGCUGGACAAGAUCAAGAACCUUCUAAUGGCCAAGGCCUCUCUAGGAAAAUGCGAUGCGGACUCGGCCACGGUGCUAACCCACAUAAAGUGGCUGCUCCUACGAGCCCAUAAGCAUGGAGUGCUUAGUCCCCAGGGCUACGAACUGGUGGACUUGUACAGGAAGUUGGCGUCCUCCCUUGCAAGCGACUUGGCUGAAGGUCUGGAAGCGUUUGAGGGCCACCGGUCGCAUAAUGUCAAGGGAAAAAUUUACCCAACGCUGGACAAGUUAUUAGGCAGGGAGGCGGCUAGGGAGGAGGAACCUCCUGUGCCCAACAAAGUGGUCCAAUACCUGAACAUGCAGCGGCAGUUACUAAGGGAAGAUUUCUCCGCUCCUCUGUUGGAGUUUGUCCAUCAGCUUCGCACCGGAGCAGAUCCCAGUGAGCAGGAGCAACAGGGUCUUCUGUGGACCAAUGUCUGUCUUACUUUAAAUCCCCAGUUUGCCGAGGCUCAGCGUCACAGUCUGGUGUUCCUCAAAGUAAAAUCUGCUGGUGGUUCCAAUAAAAGUGGACUGGACAGCAUAAAGUCAGGAGCACUCCUUUGUCUUACGACCAGUCUAUGCUUUAAUGAUCUUAUUCUAGCCUCCGUGGGCUACACCGAGCCGGAAAAACUAAAAGAGGGUUGUCUAAGUGUGCAGAUUGUGAAGCAGUACAACAUUGGCAACAUCUACGACCGUCCAAUGACCAUGUUCCAGACGCCCGUGUUUUUUGAACCGUAUCUUAGAGUCCACAACUACCUGAGCACCUGCAGCACCGAGCAGUUUCCCAUGCGUCGCUAUAUUGUGGACGGAGUGAUGGAUAUAAAACCGCCAGCCUACAUUAAACCAGGAGUCAAGCUCUCCCUUAAAGGCAAGCCCUUUACGUUGGACAAACUGCCUGCGGAUGUGCCUUUCAAUGAGAGUCAGGGAAAAGCCUUCAAGGAGGCCCUCAGCAGGGAGUUCAGCAUCAUUCAAGGACCUCCCGGCACUGGUAAGACCCACCUGUCGGUGGAGUUGGUCAACAGUUUGGUACAGAACGCCAAAGUCCUGGGCACGGGUCCCAUCAUUGUGCUGACCUAUACCAACGACUCGUUGGACAAGUUUCUGGUGAAAGUCUCGCACUAUACCCAGGAAAUUCUGCGCUUUGGCUGGCAAUCGCGAGAUCCACAAAUAUCCAAGUUUAAUGUGCGAACCAUGAUCAACCCGGAUCUGGUGCCACCUCGCUUGAAGCGCAUUUGGUGGCUGAUCAACUGUGAGUACAAGGAGAAGUUCCAGUACCUGCAAAGCCUGUACUCGGACUUUGAUGGCAGCGAGGAGAGCUACCAGAAAACUCUGGCGGCUCAGGAGCAACUGCACCAGGUGGUUGAGCGGAUCGACACACUGCGCAUGGUUUUCCAAUUCUUUCUGGCCAGGAGCAAGGAUGUGCUGGCCAUGACCACCACUUGCGCAGCUCGUCUCAACUUCCUGUUCCGGCUGUUGCAGUCCAAGUGCGUCGUUUUCGAGGAGGCAGCCGAGAUUCAGGAAGCACACAUCCUGGCCUGCCUCACGCCGCACACAGAGCACGUCAUCCUUGUCGGCGACCACAAGCAGCUGCAACCCUUCACGGGCAGCACUAAGGUGCCACAGAUCUCCCUGUUCGAGCGCCUCAUCGUGGCCGGCAUGCCGUUUUCCAUGCUAAAUGUGCAGUACCGCAUGCGUCCCUGCAUUUCGGAGCUCCUGGUGCCCGGCAUUUACGAUGAACUGCUCUGCUCGGAAUCAGUGAAGGAAUACAAAGACGUCCGCCUGAUGGAAAGCAACUUGUACCUCGUGCAGCACAACGAACCGGAGCAGCGUGCCACUGAUAUGUCCUUCAAGAAUCCCUACGAAGCUGGUGUGCUGGCAAAACUAACGCAGUUUCUUAUCGAGAAGGCCAAGUACAAGCAUAGCGAUAUUGUGAUACUUUCACCUUACAAUGCACAAAUCGAGUGCAUUAAAAACGCGCUUCCUCGGAAGUAUCGGUCGUUUGUGCAGGUGGCCAGUGUGGAUAGUUUCCAAGGCCUGGAAGCCAACAUUGUGCUGCUCUCGCUGGUUCGCAGCAAUCCGUCUGGCCAAAUAGGCUUUCUUUGUCUUCCCAAUCGGGUUUGUGUGGCCCUUUCUCGCGCCCGCUGGGCCCUGUACAUCAUUGGGGAUCUGGAGAUGCUGCAUAAGUCGUGCCCGAACCUUUGGAGCCCCAUUGCCAAGCGUUUGGAGGAGAACUCCGCCAUUGGAGAUGCUUUCCCCACAGCAAUAAAGUCCUGAUUGGGCCACAUAAAUGAAAUAUAUAUAUAUGUACAUUUGA